ACCUACAGUUCCAGAAGUCUGUGCAAUGGAAAGGUUUCUGAAAUGGGCGACGGAGCUGGGAAUCUCGGACUUCACCACCACCCCCACCACCGUUCCGUCUCGUCUUCAAAUCCCUCAUUGUUGUGUGGGCCACUCUCUCUGCGUCUCUCACUUUCCUCACGCAGGCGGUAGAGGCUUGGCGGCUGCGCGUGAUCUCAGUCAAGGGGAGUUGAUUCUCACAGUUCCCAAAUCGGCCUUGAUGACGAGCCAAAGUCUGUUGAAAGAUGAGAAGCUCUCUGUUGCUGUCAAAAGGCACACCUCUCUCUCCUCUACUCAGAUAUUGACUGUUUGUUUGUUAGCCGAAAUGAGCAAAGGAAAGAGUUCUUGGUGGCAUCCUUACUUAAUGCAGUUGCCACGAAGUUAUGAUACACUAGCCAAUUUCAGUCAAUUUGAGAAACAAGCCCUUCAAGUGGAUGAUGCCAUAUGGGUUACGGAAAGGGCUAUAUUGAAGGCCGAAUUGGAGUGGAAAAAAGCAAUUCCCCUAAUGGAAGAACUUAAGUUGAAGCCUCAGCUUCAAAAUUUCAGGGCAUGGCUCUGGGCUUAUUCAACUGUAUCCUCACGCACGAUGCAUAUACCAUGGGAUGAUGCUGGAUGUUUAUGCCCUGUUGGGGACUUCUACAAUUAUGCUGCCCCUGGAGAAGAACCAUGUGGCUGGGAAGAUUUGAAGGGUUCAAGAAAUGAAUCUUCCUUGCAAGAUAGUUCUUUCUGGAAUAAGGAUGCUACUAACAAUUCAGAUGCAGAGCAAGAUGAUGUUCUCUCUCAGAGGUUAACAGAUGGGGGCUACAAGGAAGAUCUUGCUGCAUAUUGCUUCUAUGCUAGGAAAAAUUAUAAAAAAGGAGAGCAGGUUCUUUUAAGCUAUGGAACAUACACGAAUUUGGAACUUCUUGAACACUACGGGUUUCUUUUAGAUGAAAACCCAAAUGAUAAGGCUUUCAUUCCCUUGGAACCUGAAGUUUAUGCCUCCAGUUCAUGGCCAAAGGACUCGUUGUACAUUCAUCAAAAUGGGAAGCCGUCUUUUGCUCUACUAUCUGCUCUUCGGUUGUGGGCAACCCCGGCAAGCCAGCGAAGAUCUGUUGGUCACCUUGUUUAUUCUGGAACUCAAUUGUCAGCAGAGAAUGAAAUAUUUGUGAUGGAAUGGAUAGCGAAGAGUUGCCAUGUUGUUUUGGAGAAUUUGCCAACAUCAGUUGACGAAGACAGUCUGCUGCUGUGUGCCUUAGACAAAAUGCAAGAUCCCGAUGUCCCAAUGGAGGUUGGGAACGCUUUGAGGAGCUGUGGAGUUGAAUUUUCUGCCUUCUUGGAGGCCCAUGACCUGAAAAUUGGGGACGGCAAUGUUGAGUUACUCUUGUCGGAGAAGGCAAGAAGGUCGAUGGAGAGAUGGAAAUUAGCAGUGCAGUGGAGACUGAGGCAUAAAAGAAUUCUUGUUGAUUGUAUUUCCCGUUGUACUGAAAUCAUUAGUUCUCUUUCCCCAACAUUUCUUGGACACCGAGGCUAACAAUCCUAGUUUAACAGGAACAUUUUUCAUCUGGAUACUGUAAAAUGUGACCCCGCCUCUGGGAUGAGAACAACCUUGAGAAGAACCGAAAACAAUGAAAGAAAUUAGAGUAUAUUUUGUAUUCGCAUUUGAGGGAAACUAGAUUUUAUUUGUUAUAUAUACAGUUGAUUUUAUCAAGGAAAUGUAAAGAAUAAAUAAAUAAAUAAGAUGUUUUAGUUAUA